ACGUUACUUGGCUUUCUUUAGUUUUUUAAACGUUUCCUCCUUAACAUAAGUUCUGUCAAUAACACCAAGGCGGUAAAGGGUGAAUGUUUAAACGAAUCACUUGUAAAAUCAUAAAAUUUUCAGUGUUGUCGUUUAUUCUUCUGCGUUUAAAUCGUAACCCUAGGGAUAUAUUUCCGACAACACGUGAAAGCAUCACGCAGAGGUGCAUUUGUUAGUUCUAGCCUGUCACAAGCUAAUGUUCAGUAUGUCUGAGAAGGAGCUGGGGAAAAAGUGGGACCGAUGCUUAGCAGACGGUGCCAUUAAAUUAGGCACCGGUCUGGGGUUAGGCAUUGUGUUUUCUGUUCUGUUCUUCAAACGGCACACAUGGCCAAUUUCACUUGGCUCGGGAGCAGGGCUCGGCAUGGCGUAUGCCAAUUGUCAGAAUAACCUGAGGUCACAUUAUAUGCUGCACAGAGGCGAUAAGGAGCAAUAACUGCACGUCACCAAGGGACUGUCUCUUUUUUUUUUUCCCCAAAGUGUUUGUUUUUGUUUUGAUUAUGGGUGCGUCACCAUUUGCACUGUUCUACAGUCAGACUCUUGUCUCCCUGUUGACAUCCUUCCUUGUAUGACUGUAUGAUUUGUAUAUGCCCUAUAAGGACGGUCUGUGUUUAUUUAAUAAAAUAAUUAUUAAAAAAA